AUGAAGAUCUGCACUCUUCUCCUAUUUGCCAUACAGGUGGUUGCGCCACAGCCAAGGCUCAGCAACAAGCAGAGAAAACACUACAACGCGUCGUUACGUUUUCUUCGCUCUGUUCAUGGAGUCAAUCCUGAUUACACUCCAGUCGAGUACCUCCCACAUAUUGCUCCUGCAUGGCCCAACAUCGAAUCAGAGGUAUGGGAGACUGCAAGAACGUCAGGCAAUGGCGCUGUGCUCUGGACCUUGGACGAUAGCGAGCGGAACAUCUUUGCAACGACCAAAAUCCCAAACCACAGCCCGCUGGCGAGAGCAUGGAACCUUCAUGGGCGAGAGGACAGAGAAGCUUACGCAUUCUGGCACAUCAAUCAAGACCGACACCAGCUUCUUCGUCUCGAUGUAUGGCCCGCAGGCCUUGACUCCGGCUUCGUUGAAAUCCGUCACAAGACUGAUCAUUAUGCCCGCCAACAGUCAUGA